ACCUGAGCCUGAGUCCCGAGAGGCCGAGACCUAACGCCUCACAAGUUGUGAGUCACAACUCUGAAACAAACAGAAAGCGGGAAACUCCAAAACAACCCAGAGCUGCAAGCCUUGGUCCGCAUUCCCUUAGAAUCUUCGUAAUCCAUUUAGGGGUUUUAUCUUCAACGACAUCCAGGAAUUGCGUAGAACACGGAGGCUGCUAUGGAAGAGGUGAGGGCCAGCUCAGCUUGGGUCGCCAAUCACUCCUCUCACGUCACCGUCGACUUCUCAGGCAUUGAGAGAGUUGCGGAAGCUAUAAAAGAUUCGAUACCAAAAGUGGAGUGGGAUUUUGAAGGGAUUCAUUAUUUUGACAAUGGCCCUCUUACUGUUCAGUACUUGUUUGUUUUGGAUGCUCUAAAUUUCUGCUUCUGGCCAGACAAGGAGAUGAGCUAUGAGCAUUUAGCAUCAGGAUUGAAGGAAGCUCUUCAGAAUGACAAAACUGCAUUUGAUGCUGAUCGCCUGCAGAAGUACACUGGUCCUGAACUACGCAAGAUGUUGAAAUGGCCUAGGCCUCUUCCUUUGGAGGAUGAAAGGGUGCGCUUAAUGCAUGAGGUUGGAUUAGAGUUGGAAAGAAAUUUUGAAGGAAAAGCAUUAAAACUUGUUGAGUCCUGUGGAAAAUCAGCUGUCAAACUUGUGGCACUCAUCACACGCAAUUUCCCUGGCUUCCGUGACCACACUGUAUACAAAGGUCAUCAGGUUUUCCUGUAUAAAAGAGCCCAGAUAUUUGCUGCAGAUUUAUGGGGUGCAUUUAAAGGUCAAGGAUAUGGAGAAUUUAAUGACAUAGGUGCAAUAACCAUAUUUGCUGAUUAUAUUGUCCCAGCAGUUCUCCAGCAGCUUGGAGUGUUGAGAUACAGUUCAUCUCUAGCUAGUAAUGUUGAUAACCAAAGUGAAAUUGGCUCAGGCACUGAGGAGGAAGUAGAGUUGCGGGCAUGCUCUGUCUAUGCCGUGGAGAAAAUGAGAGAGUUAAUAAGUAAAAAAUGUGGAAAGCAGGUUUUGAGUGUGGAACUGGAUCUUUGGUUAUGGUCUGUUGGUACACGAUGCCCAUCUCUUGAGCACCAUCGGACACUUUCUAUAUACUAUUGAUGGACCAUGCAAUGAAGUUGCUGUUGUUUGGGCUCUUGAGUUUUCAUUUUGUGUAGGAUAGCCUGGGGUGGGUUAGAUCAACAGAGAGAGAGAGAGAGAGAUGAUUUUGAGAAGCUGGCAAAAAACACGACAAUGUACUUGUCUUAUUGGAUCUCUUUUUUGUUUUAUGAAAGUUCCUCCGUCACUAGUUGAAUUCUGGCU